CGUGCCUCGAUCAAUUCCUUCUCAUUUCGCCAUCCCUUGACAAAUCCUCACAGCAUGGAGGCUUCGGCGGCAACGAAGGCGCCUACGAAGACAGCAACAAGGCCGCCGCCGCCGACUGCUCCCAAGAUACCGGGAGAUGUCGCUCCCCCUUCACACAACCCUCUGCCUUCACUCGCCGACUUCCUCAUCCAGAUCAAUGCCGGCUCAUCCUCUUCCACUACCCUGCCUCUGGAGGCUCAGCACUCCCUCAUAGCAACACAGAGGGCAAAUGUCCGGUCUUCUCUGACGAAGCAGCUGAGCAGUCAAGAGACGCAGAUGCGCAAUGUCGCCUCGAAAGCAGCGGAGAAUCGUAAGAGCCUGCGAAAGCUGGAGAACGAGGUGGACAAUGUCGAGUCAGCGGGGAGGGCACGCGCUUGGUCUGCUGGGCUUAUUGAUGCGCUACAGGAGUUUCGCGACGCUAAACAGGAAAAGCAGCAGCACGAGAGGCUUAUCGAGGUCUUGGAGGUCAUGCAAAGAGCUCUUCUUGCCAUUGAGGCAUUGGAGGAGACGAUUGCGCAAGGCCGACUGGAGGAUGUCGCAUAUAAAGGGGCAAACGAUGCUGCAGAAGCCGCUUGCGAGCCAUUGACUCAUGGCUGGCUGUCAGCUGAUCAGAGCGUGAGGGCGUUCUGGGAUUUGCAAAGGCGACUGCGACAGUGUCGUGAGAAGGCGGAUCAGAUGCUCGACGAGGGUUGGGAGAGGAGCGUGCAGGUCAUCCCGAGCGAGGCUGCGGCCAGUUGGACAUUGAUCGUCAUGAAGGAGCUGAAGUUCUCAUCCACGGCAGCGCAAGCUCUGCGAUCCGCUAGCCUUCUGCAAGCCCUCGAGCGCAAAGGAAAGCUAAAGGACAGGGUACCGACCCUUGCCGCUCAGCUCGCCGAGCGACUGAUACAAUCGUGUCUCAAUGAAAGUUGUACGGUGCGAAAAUUGCAAGGCGCAGGGGACUCGGACCACAUCUCCCUCGUAUUUGCCCCCUUAGGCUCAUCGACGCCCGCAGCUGGUCUCGAAGCUCUUCAGCUGGCGUUGCUCUUCAUUGGCAGCGAAAUACUCUCCGACCUCCCAACCAAGGCUAGGCAAUCAGACUUUGCCCGUGCGCUGCUCCCCAGGCUGGUCCAACCGAUCCUAACAAAUCUGCGAGCUACCCUUCCCUCACGGUAUGACCCCGUCGAGACCAUAUCCGCUCGCCUCGAACAAUCUCGUUCCCUCGCGCUCUCCUUGUGCUCCUCCCUUGCCUCCUCUGGACUGCUCCUCACCCCUGACGGGGCCGGUCCUUCUGACCAUUCGCCAGAGGACAAUCACCUCGGUCAACCUUCGCGCAUCAUGGCUUUCGCGCAAGACGUUGGCCGUCAGUACGUCUCUAAGGUGGCCAACGAAGCGCGCGACGAGGCACGACGCAUCUGUACGACGCUGUCGCUCAAGGAUGAAAAAGGCUGGCAGGCAGAGGAGAUUGAGAUCGCAAGCGAGGAGGCCCAACCGCUUGCGCAGCAGAUGACGGGCAUGGGCAAUGAGCGACUUGUGGACGAAGAUCAUGAGAUUCGGGGGACGCUCACUACUCAGAAGGACACCAAUGGGGUUGGCGUCGGCGGGGGAGAUGAGUGGCAGUGGGGUGACGAUGAUGGGCGCGAUGAUCCAGAGACGUACAGACAUCCUGCCAAGGCUGGCAUAGCACCUUCUGUCCUCAAUCGCUCCGCCUCAUCGGCAUCUCAACGGUCAACAGCUUCAUCAGGCCCGGAAAUAAGGACAGCAGCGCCGGCGGCAAGAAAGCGAGCCGGAGGUCGCUCUGCUCUUGGCGGUGUGCGUGUUGUCAAGCCUCAAGAUCAGAUGGGCAGCGGACCUUUGCCUGAGGGAGAUCAGGAUGACGCUUGGGGCUUUGGUGACGAGGAUGAUGCGCCAGAGGCUGCUGCGCCGAUUGCAGCACAACAGGCCCGAACAGUAUCAUCGAGCUUGCCGCCGCCGCCACCACCAUUGGGCGAUGAAGAGGAUGCUUGGUUUGCGGAAGAGGAGCCUGCUGCGUCACCGCCGCCGCCACGAGCUGCUGAACGGCGUUCCACGCUGUCCUCAACCUCAGCGGCGCCAUCGACCUCUCCAGUCAUCGCCUACACUAGUCGAGCACCCCUACAGGAGGCCGAGCUCGAUGACGAGGACGCCUGGUUCGCAGACGAGGCGUCAAGGCCGAUGCUUAUUGACCACUCUCAAAUGCCGAUUCCCGACUCGUCACUGCCAGUUAAUACAGCACCGCAACCGGUGGCCGUAGUGCCUGCUCAAAGCGACACGGGCAACGAGGAUGCCUGGUCUACAGAAGGACCACCAGGCACUAAUGACGGAACGAGGUUAGCAUUACCACUACCCAACAUCUCCGACCCUAUUGACGUUGACGAGGAUGCCUGGGGUCUUUCGGAGGAAGAGAAGGCAAAGCGGGCAAGCAUGAUGCUGUUGGGUAAUCAUCCUACGCUUCAGAGCCUGUACGAGCCUUCAGCGACCGCUCAGACCAACACGGGCGCCGCCGGCGAGAGCUCCAAGGUAGAAGAGGACGACUUUGACGAAGAUGCCUGGGGCUUGUCCCUCGAGGAGAAGGUUGCGAAGCGAGCAAGUCGACUUUUGCCGGUAGCGGGCACCGCAAACGUCCCUGCUGGGAAUGAGGCAUUCGAGGCCGAAAGUGCACCACCUACCUCAACCCUGAUUCAUCCUGUAGAGCCCUCUCAAGCCCGCGUUGAGGAGCCUGCACUACAAGACGGGGCACGCGCCCAAGAGGAAGCUCCACUCACCGAAAAGAAUCUCGAAACCGCUGCGGCAGAGGAGAGCCACGACGAAGAAGCCCAGGUCUCCGCGCCACCGGCCGCAUCCGCUCGACCCGCUCCUCUCGGUGUCAGCCGCCCGCCAUCCGUAGUUUCAUCCGUCUCCGCCAUCGCUCCCGGCUCUUCUCGCUCGGACAGCGCCAGGAGCACCAUCGCUGGCGUGCCGACAGUUCGGGAGCCCGAAGAAGGCGAAUCAGCCUUGGAGUCAGCCAUCCUAGCCGACGACGUGUCUGUCGCCGGCAGUGACAACUCCCGGCGCCAACCCUUCCCUAUCGAAUCGGCGCUGCCUGAGAGCUUGCCGACGAGCGAGGGGGCUGAAUCGGAUACCUCGCUACCGGCUACACCCAAGACGGAAGGCCGAGCGACUCUCUCGUCGGGUAGCAGUCUGUGCAUGCCUCCCUCGUCUGACGUGGGAGCUAUCGAGGAGAGCACGACAGCAGAGCCUUUCCCCGUCGAGUCAGCUCAGUCCGUUUCGACAGCCAGCCAGGCUGCGCCUCCGAUCGCUCUGACGGAUCUUGACGAUAGGAGAGGUGGAGCAACGGCUCCUCUUCCAUCCCACCUGAUUGACACUGCCGCCACGCCACCAACAACAAGCGGGCCCCCAUCCAUCGCAUCCCUCCCUCCUACUCCUUCAAGAGAGCGCGCUGAUCCCGGCUUCACGCUCGAAUUCGAAGAUUCCUCUGCCUCGCGACCGCGCACGCCGACACUCGCGAACUAUAGCAGCACAAGUAGCGAGGUGGACGAUGACGAGUCGGCAGCUGCGAUACCCUUUCCCAUCCGCUCUGCGGUCCCUUACAAUCUUCAGCCGAACAGGCAGGGCAGUCUCUCAUCAUGGACAGAGUCGUCUUCAGCGCCGCGCACCGGGCCGCCCUCCGUCGUGUCCGAUUUAGGCGCAGCAUCUGACAUGGCAUUGCCUCCAUCUCCUGGGCUGCAGAGAGCGGAUGAGGAUGACGGGGCGAGCGGCUGGGGCUUCGACGAUGGUGAUGAGCAUGAAGGAGAGUUGGGCUUUUCAAGUCAAAGCGCGGAGAAGCAGCAAGCUGAAGAUGAAGGAGAUCAGUUCGCUUCGAGAGGGAGGGCAGGGACCGCUCUGCCUCCACGCCCGCCUGCUUCGCUGCUUCAGGCGGUCAACAACUCAAGUGAAGCGCAGAGCGAUGCUGGCCAAGAGUAUGGCGAUCCCUGGGCUAGUCUUUCGGACUCAGCCCCCAUGCCAGCAGCAGGGACGGCGCCAGUCGUCCCGAUGGGUGAUUCGCACCCCCUGACGAAAGAGGCACUGCAAGUUCUGGCAACUGAGAGGGUAGCGAAGCUUGAGACGCAAGUAAAUGACAUCGCCGAGCAAGAAGCGCCUUCUACUACAGCGCAAGCCCCGGCGCAGCCGGCUGACGACGUGAGCGGAUGGGCAUGGGAUGAAGAAGCCGACGGCACUGCUCCCGCUGCAACGCCUUCCUCCGCAGCUUCAGCAGCAUCGCCACCAGCCGCUGUUCAGAGCCAAUCGGCAGUCAUAGGACGCGUCAGCAAUGCCUCUCCUCUGCUUGGAGCUCGCCAAAGCUCAGCAAUCCGCCCAGCUCCACCCCCCGCAACCGCCUCCGAGCUUGCAAGAGCGACGUCGCGCGGCUCUACUCAAGCAGGAGCAGCAGCGGGGGCUGGAGCGCUUGCGGCUGGCGUAGCAGGUGCAGUAGCCACCACGCAGUUGCCCGAUCCUCAGCCUCAGCAUGCCGUACCUCAGCCUGCUGCAGCAGCCAAGGAAGCCCAAACGUUCGAAGCACCUAAAGGACCGCAUCAGGAGACCUGUCGCAUAUCCUUGCGCUCGCGUCAGCUCGUCAAUCUGGCUCAUUCUCUCAUCGAUCAGGCGGUAGCUCUUCGCAGCGCGCACAGCAACGGAGUCGCUGUCGAAAUUCAGCCAGCCUCGCUCCUAGACCCUGCGCUCGCCGACAUCUUCGAUCUUCAUCUCGCGCUGUUUACGCCCGAGACAGCUGCAGCUCUACAGCAAGUCCCAGCCUUGAGCAUGCAGUUCGUAAAUGACUGUCGCUUCCUCUCUCGCCAAAUGAUAGCGCUGGAGUCACGAGUCAACAAAGAGCUCCCAGACGUCGUCGCCGAUUCCUCCGGAGCUCUCAGCAAGCGUAUCACAACGGCGGCGCAGCGCACGUCCCUACUAGCCACGCGCUACCUCACAGCACACCUCUCAGGGCAUGCCUCUCAUCUUGCCAACCUCAUCGCAACAGGAUGCGACUCCUUCCUCUCAGUAUACAACGACGAGCGCUUCGUCUCUUGCUCGCGGACGCUCUCUCAGGCUUUGGCCACUGUCACGAGCCUGGACCGCAGCUGGAGAGGCACACUCGGUGACUCGCAAAGAUGGACAGCUGUGGGGGCGUUGUGGGAGGGCGCGGUGGUCAAGAAGGUGUACGCUGAUGUGUUGGCGCUGGAUGAUGUCGGUGAGAAGGAGGGCGAGAGGUUGGCCGAGCUUAUCAGGUCUAUUGGGGAUGACAAGGUAGCGGGAUGGUUCACAAAGACGAGUCGUGAUGCCAGCCACCAGGUGCAAGGUGUCGACGAGGAGGAAGAGGAGCAAAAAGCGGCCGGCCAUCGUCUGGCCACGUACGUGCCUUCGCAUCUCAAGCUCACGGGCUACCUGCCCGAGAUGCUUAUUGGGUCUCUCGCCGACGUCGAGUACCUGCUCUUCGAAGGUGGAGCACUUGCGUCUCCCGACCUCGAGGCGACGGCCGGUGGUGGCGGCUCGCCAUGGUACGUCAGUCGCGAGGAGGCGAAGGGGCUCAUCAGGGCGACAUUUGCAGACUCGAGGAGGAGGACAGAUCUGUUAAUGAGAGUGGCUAGAGGGGUAUGAGGCAGAAGGGACACAGGGAUGCAAGACAGCAUGCAAAAGGGCUUCGCCGAAGGAAAGCCAAUAUCACAUUAUCAUGACAUCGCGCCUUCUCACGCCUACU